CUGAUCACGGUGCGCGCGCAGCUGACCGCCAUCUUUUAUUUGUGUGAAAAAUCAAAGGAAUUUGUCUCGUUUCACCUCCAUUUAUGUUAAUAUAACCCUCAUAUAUACCCAAUGAAACGCCAUUCAAAAGGGUAGUGAGCUGUUCAAGUCGUAGAAGAUGCAGAGCUCGUACUCACAAGUUCCCCAGGAAGCUGAUGAGAACUAUGAUAGAGGUUUCCAGCGCAACUACCAAGAUGAUGAUGGAAUAGAUUCUGCAAGCUAUGGUUACAACUACAACAACUAUCGGCCCCCAUCCGGAGGUGUCAAGACCAAAAUAGAACACAAGUUUUACCACACCAAACAGGCUGUCAUACAGAAGCUAGGCAAGGACCAAGAUGCAUAUGUGGUAGCUGGUGAUGCAGAAGUUGAUGCUCGUUUGGCGGCUUUCAAGCAUAUACAGGCCACAUGUAUUGAUUUAUUAAAAGCAAUUGAGAUUUACCAAAACCGGAUAUUUGCACUCUCUCAAGAUGAAAAUGAAAUGGGGCGCUUUCUUCGUGAACAAGGAGCUGCAGAUAAAUCUAAAGCAGGGAAGAUGAUGAUUGCAGUGGGCAAAGCACAGAGUUACACUGCUCAACAAAGAUUAAGCUUGCGUACACCACUUGUUCGACUAUAUCAAGAGAUUGAAACAUUUAGAUACAGGGCUAUUUCAGACACUGCACUGACUAUUGGCCGAAUGGAAGGUUCUCGGACAGACUACAGAGCUUCCUUGCUAUGGAUGUCUGAUAUAUCAAAGGAACUAGACCCUGAAGAAUGGAAACGGUUGGACAAAUUUAGAGAGGUUCAAAGCCAAGUCAAAAGGACAAAGAAGAAAUUUGAGAAGAACAAGUUUGAUGUCAUGCAAAAAGUAGACCUGCUCUCUGCAAGUCGUUGCAACCUGUUGUCUAGCACCCUGGCGGCGUACCAACAAGCAAUGUUGAAAUUCUGGGAAAACACCUCCAAGAGUAUGAACCAGGUUGCUGAACAGUUCAAGGGCUACCCUAGUUACCAGUUCCAGAUGCUUAAAAGUUUAAACCCUCUAGUCACUGACAAUGAAAAAAAUGAUGAAAUCAAGGAAGUUCACUUGGACCAAGAAACUCAUGUAGACAAGAAGGAUACAGAGAAUGCAGGAGAAGCAACUGAAGCCAAGAGGAGUAAUGAUGAUGAUGAUGAUGAUGACACACUUAUAUGCUUGGAUAACUCGCCCACAGAUGACAAGCCAUUACACUUGGGCAAUGGCACUGCUGAGAGUAAUGGGGACAAGCUAGUUGAGACAGACUUGCUUGGGGAUAUGACCGUGGAGGGAAUAGCUGCUCGCAAGAAAGAUGAAGGCCCUAGUCCUUAUAUUGAUUUGUUGGGAGGAGGGGACGAUGAAGAAGUUCCCUUUAGGCAUGGCUCAGGCAGUAAAUCAGCUUCUGAUGAUCUUCUCGGUGGUUUCGACGACCACAGCUCAGAUCCUCCAAGUUAUGAUAUAGCCAAAGACUUGUUGGCCCUUCAGGGACUCGGAAGACCAAAUCAAGAUGGCAAAGAAGGACAAUUGAACCAGCCAGGACCUAUGUCUGCGGACGACCUGUUAUUCGGAUCCCCCACGCGAGAACCAAUGAACCAGAACGAUCUCGACCUCCUUAGUGACAUCAUGGGUGGAAGCAACUCUCAGCAACCCUCAGACAGCUUCAGCAGCCAGUGGCAGGACAUGUUCGGCGACUCACCAGCUCCUCAGGGUGGGGCAGCCGUGGACCCAUCAGGGUUCAUGCCAUCUGAUCUGAUGGAUAGCUUACUGGGUAUGGAUUCCAUGGGCGGGGCAGCCGCUGGGGCACAUUCUUCCUCCUCCACCAUGUCAUCUGCGCUCUUCGCGGCCAAACCAGCGUCAAUGCAGGCUUCCGUCCCACCAGAGAAAAGCGCCGAAUGUUUGCCAUCCAAAGGGAAGAAUAACAAGCCAGGUAAAGGCAAGAAGACGGAUAUGUCAGCUUGGUUUAACCUGUUCUCGGAUCUCGACCCACUCGCUAAUCCCGAUGCUAUUGGGCAGGGUAAAAAACAGACUGAAGAAGAGCGGACUUGCUGAGAGAUUAUGUCACCAGGGGAAAAUCACCCAGGACUGUUAUAUAUAGUGAAGUAAUACAUAUUAUGAAAAUCCUAACCCAACAAGAUUAAUGAAAAUCCUAACCCAACGAGAUUAAAGUAAAUUAUAAGCCGUUGAUAUGUUACAUUUAUUCAGGUUCAAAAAUGCCAAUUCAAUUUUUAUUGUCUUUACUGUCAUAACAAAUACAAAUAAGACGGUUUGAAGCAGUUAUUGGGUUUUGUCCCAGGCAAAACUGUAUGUUAAAUUCGCCAAAAAGCGUAGAGUUAAAGACUCUAUCAGAGAUAUAUUAUUUUUUAUUAGUCAUAACUAUGUCUGAUUUAGAAGUGAGAAUAUAGUUAAUGGUCCGGGUUUAUAGGUGAAGUGGGUGACAUUAUUUAUUAGAUAGGAAACUAAAGUUUCAAGCGAAUGGACCAGAGUGUAUGCUUGGCACAUUUUAGUUGUUAGCGAGGGCUAGAAUCUACCGUACUUUUUACCUUUGGUCACAAGCUCCAGCCCAUCGCAAAGUGGAUUCUAUUUCAAAGCUGUUGUGAGCAAACCAUAGAAAGAAAGGCGGGGAAUAAGAGCCAAUGACGCAAGUUUGAUUUGGUCACUCGCUAUAUUUUGUCUUUAUUUUAUUGGGUGCUUUGUACUGUAGAAUAUGUACGCAUAAGGAAGUAAAAUUGUCCAAUUACAUA